AACUCGUUUUUUUGUUGCUCCGUUUGAACUAAAAUAUGAACAGCAUAACUGCACCCAGGGUUGUUAUAACUUCGAGGAAACGUCAACAAACACUUUCACCUCGGGUAGCGAAGCAUACAUAAACAUUGCAGAUUAUUUUAGGUGCUACGAAAUGGAUUUAAUAUUGCUUGCUGGAAUCGCAACUGCCCUGCUCGUUGUGCUGAUUACCCUUUUAUUCCUUAACAAAAGCAAAUCAAACAUCAAUGCGCCUCCUUCGGCACCAGCACCAGCCGAGGAGAAUGUUCCACGUCGCGCACAGGUGGUGCGAAACCAAAGGAAUCGUGCCAGAGUCGCUCAAGUAGCUGAACGUGUGGAUGAUUCAGAAGAGGAAGAUACCAUACCCCAAGCACAGCAUGAUUAUGCCGGUGAAAAAAUCGGCGCUAAAAAACGAGCCAAACUGGAAGCUAAGGCGCAAAAGAAGACCGAACGCGAGCAUGAGCUACGGCUUCGCGAGGAACAAAAAAAGAGAGAUGCUCUACUAGAAGAGGAACGUCGGAAAGUGGCAGAAAAGGAAGAACAGGCAGAGAAGGAUCGGGAACAGGCGGAACGACUGGAGCGAGAGGAGAAAGAGCGCAAGGAACACGAAGAAUAUCUUCAGAUGAAGCAAGCAUUCAGCGUCGAAGAGGAAGGCUUCGAAGAGGAGGAUGCAGACGAGCAGCAGAAUAGUCUACAAGAAUUCAUCAAGUUUAUACAGGAUAACAAGGUCGUUGUACUGGAAGAUUUGGCAGUACAGUUCAAAUUGAAGGUGCAAGCCGUUAUCGAUAGACUAGGAGAGCUACAAAAGGAUGAACGAAUCACCGGCGUGAUCGACGAUCGAGGUAAAUUCAUCUAUGUCUCGCAGGAGGAGCUAAAAUCCGUGGCCAAGUUCAUUAAGCAGCGAGGUCGUAUAUCUAUUACGGAGCUAGCAGAGAACAGCAACCAGCUUAUACAUUUGACCCCAAUUGUAGCUUCCGAAAGCGCCUAAUGGCGCCAACAGUGGUGAUAUAACACGACUUAUGAUAGACCGUUAAGCUGUUUGUUUUCUUGCAAGUCGCAAAUAUAUUAGCUCACUACCAUGUAUCCUUGGGUGGUAGAGUAAACAUUA